AUGUCAACAGUUUUAGUUAUUGGUGCAGGUGGUUUUAUAGGUUCAGAGGUUUCAUUAGCUUUAGUUAAGAGUGGUUAUAAAGUCUAUGGAUUGGUUCGUAAACAAGAAGCAGCAAACAACUUAUUGAAGAACGAAAUUAUCCCAAUUGUAUGCUCUGCUCAAGAUACCCAGGUAUGGUUACCAUUUGCUUUAAAGGUCGAUAUUAUUAUUGACACCAUUGCAGAUCUUUCCGACUAUACAACUCCUUUUAAAGUUCAAGAGGCAUUGAAAACUGUUCAUCAAGAAAGACCAAAAACCUCGAUUAUCUAUACCAGUGGUUCAUUAGUUUAUGGUGAUAAUGAUUUCUUAGUCGAUGAAAACCAACCAUAUCUCGACCAUGGUUUCAGCCAGUGGAGAAUCAAGAUAGAAGAAGAGUAUAAGAAAAUUGGUGCCGUAAUUAUCCAACCAACAAUCUUGUAUGGAAAGUAUCAAUCAUUUGCAGGUUAUUUCUUUGAAGCUGUAGUUAAUCAACAAACAAAUGGUGUUGUUAAAGUGUAUGGUAAACCAGGCUUAACCCAGGGUUUUAUUCACAUCUACGAUCUUGCCAAUCUCUAUUUGCUAGCAGUAAAGAAUGUAUCACUCGUUAAAGGACAAGUAAUUAUUGCAAACUCUUUUAAUGAAAAGAUUGAAGAUUUACUCUAUUCAAUAGGUAAAGCUGCAAACAAACCAGUUAGCAAAGUCGAGUUUAUUCCACCAGUCAAAGAAGCAAUUUUUACCGAAGCUUUGACCUUUAAUCAAAUCUUUUCACACACAAAAUCAACACAAUUGCUUGGUUACCACCCAACCCAAAAGAGAAUCGUUGAUGAUACCGAGCGUUAUUUAAAUGCCUGGGUAGCUUCAAGAGAUCCAAACUCUGGUAUCCAAAAGUUAAUCGAUUCAGUAGUUCCAAAAAGAGCAGAAUAA